AUGCUAAACAAACAAUUAUUUUCUUUGCUUCUCAUUUGCAUUGCGGUGGCCGUGGCCACUGCUGAGGAUGUAACUCUCACGUGCAACAUGGUGUAUAGUAGCCUCGAACCAUGUCUUGGUUACGUGUUAGGUGGUGGAUUAAGCGUCCCAUCAGAGUGUUGCAGUGGAAUUAAAUCUCUUCAUAGAUCUGCGCGUACCAUAGCUGACCGUCAGAGUUUUUGUAGAUGCAUAAAAAGCGCUGGGUCAGACGCUACUGAAGCUCAAGUUAGCCGUGCUGCUAAACUCACUGGAAUAUGUAGAGCCAAUGUUCUUUUUAAGAUUAGUCCACAUGUUGAUUGCUCUAAGGUUCUUGAACAAGCAGAGAUGAUUGAGCUUUUGGCACUUGAUGGCAAAGCUGCAAGGCACGAGGAUGGAGCAUGUUUUCCGUGA